ACGAGACUGACCACUGCCACGUUUGACCAAGUCGAAACUCAACACCCGUGCGCAUUUUAUCAUCCCCACUGGGUAUAGGGACGGCACGUCGCCCAUUACGCCAUCAUAGCUCAGUUAAGGAAACGCAGCACGUCUGGAACUCCCGCGACCCCUGGCAAGAUGGGUCUUGAGAGCGGAGUCGUUGCGACGCACGACAACGUGGUCGGCCGACAAGCUCAUAGCGGUAGCGCCGACACGGCCAAGGCAAAGCCACCAUCACCGGACGCGAAGGACGACGAUUCAUUCUUGGUCGACUCAAACGAAAAGGUGCCGGCUGGCCAGCAGUCCAAAUCGCUGUCGUGGAAAGCAGAGCUCGCCACAGCGGCAGCGUUCCUUGCCAUCACACUUGUGAGCUACCCUUUCACAGGCAACAUGCGAAGUUGGCACUACGUGUGGUGGUGUGGGUGGUUGACUGCCGUGUCGACGGGAGCUGGUGCCGUGCCGUUUCUAUGGGUAAAGGAUAUUGACAAGUUCUGGCUCGGCGUCUGCAACGCUCUUGCUGCUGGCAUGAUGCUUGCCGCCACGAGCUGUUUGUUUUACGAAGGUUUUCAUGUCAAGAGUCACGAUACCGAUGUGUUGAGCGUGAAAAUUCGCCUGCUCCUUGGAGCGUGCGCAGGGAUUGGUUUUAUCAAGAUGACAAAACUCAUCCUUGACGGCCACGACGGCGUCAAAUUGGGCGGCUUGGACGGCUUGGAUGCGCAAAAGGCGCUGUUGAUAAUGGCUGUCAUGACGUUGCAUUCGAUUUCCGAGGGAGUACGACCCGAGUUGUUACAACUAUUGCUCAUGCAACGUAUUCCCGUUCGAAAGAAUAGAUUGGCGUCGGGGUUUCGUUUGGUGGUGAAGGUGGUGACAGACGGGGCGUCAUGGUAUCGCUGACGCUCGCCAUCCACAACGUUCCCGAAGGGCUCGCGGUACCGUGUUUGUUCUCACUCCGUGUGUCUCGACAUGAGUUUUUUUAUGUCGGGUAGAUUUGUUUGGUGCUGAUUCCGCGAGGCCUAAAGCUGCUUCCAGCAAUUUUGUGGUGUGUCUUUUCAAGCUUGCCCCAACCGAUGUUUGCAGUCCCAUCCUUCCUCUUUGUCGAGACAUUCUUGCCAAUUUUGCCGGCUGGUCUGGGCUUUGCUGGUGGCGCGAUGGCAUACGUCGCCAUUUGCGAACUCUUACCGGAAUCACUUGAAGACACGGAGAACAAAUUGGCCACGGGAGUUAGCCUCCUCUUGGCAUUUGUCUCGAUGUUGAACAUUCAGUAUGUUUUGACGGGCGAGCUGUGAGCUGACCCAGCCCCCGACCCCUUAAUAUUUUAAUCAAUCUAGCAACCUCAUCCCCCA